GUUAUUUUCAAUACAAAAAAAAUAAUUUUCAAAAGAACAAGAACGCAAGAAGCGACUCCAAUUUAAAUUAGAAGAAAAAAUGACGGAUCAAAAUAACGGCGCUGGGGAUCAAUGGGAUCAGCUAAGCAGUUAUUGCUCGUCUGGCGAGGAAGAUGAAAACGUAAAGGAGCAGUUACCACAAACUCCGGAAAUACCCCGGCCGACAUACACGGACGAAGAGUUGAUCAAACUGGUCGAUUAUAUGCAACGCAUGUGCAUGCUUUUCGCUUUGGAUCAUCGAGAUUGGAGGGAAGAGACAUUGGAUGUUUUGAGACGUUGGCUGUUGGAGGUCAAUGAGGUGCUGGUGACGCUCUUCUACGAUGGCAAUAAGUUGACUGCCUGUCUGGGCUUUCCCCUUACGCCUGUCUCAGAUCUAAGCUAUUUCAGUCGUACACCAAAUCACAUUUUCUCUGUGGAAGGAUUCCAUGAUGAAGUCAACUUUGGCACUGUCCACGAAGAUGUUGAUGGCUGUUUGCUAAGGGUCCUGCAAUUGGUCUAUGCCCCGGUCUUUCGCAACUAUUCGGACUGGAAUGAAAAUGUGAAAUCACGAUUCGCCCAAGCUAUGGACAAGUUAUUGGGUUACCUCACCAAUCUCAAUUCGAAAAUGGCCGGACUGACAAUUCUGUAUGUGCCAUAUGUGGUGCAGCAGAUGGCCCGGGAGAAUGUGGCUCACGACAGAGAAUUUGUGAAGAAUAUGGAAUCGAUUGUGGUUUUUUGGACAACCCAGAUACGUUCGUUAUUGUCGGACAAGGUGCUGGUGGUGCCGCACGAUCUAGUAGUUCCCGAGGAGGAAUAUGAAUUUUGGCUUUACCGAUACGAAGUGUUACAUGGCAUCAACACGCAAUUGGAUCAAUUGGAUGUCCAGAAUAUCAUUAACGUACUGCGCACUUCCCACUCCGUCUAUAUCAAGCAAAUCGAUGAACUCAUAGCGGAGUGUCGUUUGGAAAUGACGGAGGCCAAGUCCAACAUCAAAUAUCUGCAUUUGCUGAUCGAGCCCUGCUCACGCAUUGACAAGUGUGACAGUCCUGCAACGGUGCCUGGCGUUUUGCCACGUAUUGUGAACUUUAUUCGCUACAUUUGGCUCAACUCUCCCUUCUAUAAUCGCAAGGACCUGAUAACGAAUCUCUUCCGCGAUGUUAGCAAUCAAAUUAUCCGCUUCUGUGUAUCGAAGACGGAUGUGGACAAAAUACUGCAGGGCAAUUCCCGAUUUGGCAUUCGGAUGUGCAACAUGUCCGUGGACUGCUGUUUGUCGUACAAACUGAUAUACGAACGCAUGUCCAAGGACUUGGCUCAGAAACAACCUAACGCCGGAUGGGAUCUGGACAAUGCGAUGAUUUUCAACCAUGUCGAUGCCUUCAUAGAGCGACUGCAUGAUUUAAUCGAUAUUUGUGAGUCAAUGAUUGUCUUUGCCCGUUUGGAUGAGAGCGACGAGAUACCCAAACCCCGUUUUGGGGGAACAAAUGGUGGAGAGUUUGAACAGACCGCGGAGAGAAUGGAAACUGAGUUUCGUCAGACCUUGGAGCUGCUGAAAAGCGAUUCGAAAGAUUUGAUUCUUAACGUCCACAAGAAUAUUUGGUACGAGGAAGUGCUAAAAUAUCGCAAAACAGUCCAGAGCCUAGAGGAGACCGUGCAACGUCUGAUGGCGAGUGCAUUCCAAAGAGUUUGCAACAUUGAGGAGGCCCUGGAGGUAUUACAUGCAGUACUCUUUUACUCCUACAGGAGUUCCAUUCGUAAAACCUAUCUCGGCAUGGUCAGCGAAGUUUGGACAAUGUUUGUCAAGGAAAUGGAGAGCACCGUUCGGGCUCUAAUGGAUCGGGUUAAGCUUCAUGAAUCUUGGCUUAAUUACUACGCCUCGAGAGCGGUGAGUUAUCGCAUAAAUAUGGAACGUUUGCAGUGGUUAAGGGAUCGUCUCAAGAAUUCCGAGUGGUUACCAGCGGUUCCUGAAGCAGCUUCCACUUUGGCAAAAUUCGACAACUUGAAGAGGGAUUUCGAAAAAGAAAUGAAAAAGUCAUUUGAAGAAUGGGUCCGAAGCUGUGGCAGUGGCAAUCUGCUGAGCCGUUUGGAUCGUACCCUGCUUGUGCGCAGUAAAGCCAAGAAGGGACUCUUGGAGUGCAAUAUGGAUCGUUCCGUGUUGAGUAUUUGCCAACAGGCCCAACAUUUUGAGCAAAUGGGUUUCCAGAUUCCCGGAACGAUUAAAAAGCUCUAUGAGAAAUAUGCCACCCUGCAGUUUGUCUACAACAGUGUCAUAGCUGUGUGUCUCGAUUACAAUCGCAUCUUAUCGGCCCUAUCCGAGGAGGAGCGAAAACUCUUCAGGGCCCUCAUACAGUCAUGUGAUCGCAAAAUAGCUCCGGGCCUAUUCAAACUGACAUGGGGCGGCGAGUUAAGUGAUGCCUAUAUAGCCGAUUGUGCCAAGCACACCAAUCGCUUGCAGGAGUCUUUAGAUAUCUAUAAACGCGCCAACCGUCACAUUGCCAAGAUAUGCGAGCAAAUAUGCGAUACACCUUUGGUUAAGUUCACCCUACCCGGAGCCGUGGAGUUGUCUUCGUUCGAGGCAAAUGUCAAUGCUUACAAUCGACGAGCAACCAAUCAAAUUUUGAAUCUCUUCAACACGAUAAUCGAUUUGCUUUAUGCGGUCUUUAAGGAAUUUCAAAAUGUCAUUGAAGAUAUGACGGCAGAAUGGUAUAAGUAUGUACAUCGUUUCGAAGAUAUGCUGGCGGAGGCUUUGCUAAUUUGUGCUCGCAACUCUUUGAACAAUGUGUAUUUUGCUUUACGCUCGGAGGGCGACAUAAAUCCCGCUCCCAUAAUUAUUAUUUCCAUAGAUAUUCAAGACCAAAAGCUAAGUCUCAGUCCCACCAUGGCGACCAUUGAAACAUUAAUGAUGGGCAUGCUAAGUCGAAUUCACAGCAGCUUAGAAGCUAUACCGAGAAUAGCCCAGAAAUUGGAAAUGCCCCGUGAGCUUUGUCGACAACCCUUUGCUAAGCUAAUGAUGGAGGAUGCUAUCAUAGCCGAUAUCCAAGAGAAAAUUAGCAUCGAAGUUGAUUACAGCAAAGAGGAAAUCGAUAAAUUUGUGCACAAUUGGACAGGUUGCAGCGACAUUUGGGAGUGCAGCGAAGCGGCGUUUGUAAAGCGUAUUGAGGAUACCGACCAAACCGCCGACAUUUUUGAGGACAGCAUUGAAUCGUACAGCUCCCAGGCGGAGUUGAUCGCCAUGAAAGAUGCCAUUGUCAAUGUCUACUUUAUAAUGGUAAAUCAAACGGCCUUGAAAAACACCAUCAUGGAUUACAUAGAACGCUGGCAGCUAUUGAAUGUGAAGUUGCUUACGAAACGAGCAACUUCGCGGAUUAAAAGUGUCUAUCGCUAUGUCAAACGCAAUGAGAAACGAAUUAGUGUGGUACCACGAACAUUGAAAGAGGCCCGUGAAGCAACUGAACUAUUUAAUCGCCUGCGAACGGAAGCACCCUUAAAACAGGACGAAUUCCCCGAAAUUUUGGAACUUUUCAAAGUUUUAGACAAAUAUCAAAUCGACAUUGUGGAAAAUACCCGGUUAUUGGUGGUUAAUCUGCAGCCCACGUGGGAAACAUAUCUCAAGAAACUGGGAGAGGCCGGAGAAAUGUUGGACAACACCAAAGAGGAAUUCAAGGCGAAUCUGCUGCAACAAGCAGAUAAAUUCCGUGCCAUCAUGAAGGAGUUUCUGGCUGACUUUAUGCUUAAAUUACCCACCUCCUCACAAACAAAUCCCAAAAUAGCAUUGAAAUAUCUGAAAAUUAUAUCCGAUAAAGUGGCCGCUUGUUUCAAAUUCGAAGAAAGUCUUAUCAAUGAUUUGGCGAUUUUUCGCAUCAAUCAGCCGGAAAAUAUGGACCUGAAAAAAUUAGAUGGGGAAGUGAAAAUUGUGCAAAACAUUUGGGAACUCAUCUUGGAAUGGCAGAAUGCUUGGAAUGAGUGGCGUGUGGGCAAUUUUUGGAAAAUUAACAUUGACCUCAUGGAGGACACAGCCUUGGGUCUGUACAAGGAAUUUAGCGCCCUGAACAAGAAGUACUAUCCACGUAAUUGGGAUAUGCUGAUUACGACCACCAAGAAUUUGGAUAGUUUUCGCAGGACACUGCCCUUGAUAACGGCUCUGAAAAAUCCUUGUAUGCGCCCCAGGCAUUGGGAUCGCGUUAGGGAGCUGAUGCAAGUGGACUUCGAUGAAAAUUCGGAGAAAUUCACAUUGGAAUUAAUUAUCGCAUUGGAUUUUCAAGCCUAUUCCGAGGAUAUUCAAGACAUAUCGAAUGCCGCCACCAUGGAGUUGCAAAUCGAAAAUGGAAUUAAAAAUAUUGCCAGCAUUUGGCGGAAACAAGCCUUUGAAAUGACGCCAUACCGAGAUGGCAUCUACAAAAUCAAGAGCGUGGAUGAGUGCAGCCAACUGCUGGAGGAACAUAUGGUCCAGAUUUCAGCCAUGAAAUCCACCAGGUUUGUUGAACCUUUCGCCGCGGUGGUGGAUUAUUGGGAGAAAACCUUAUCCUACAUCUCGGAGACUUUGGAAAAAGCAUUGCAGGUGCAACGCCAGUGGUUGUAUCUGGAGAACAUAUUUUCGGGGGAAGACAUACGUAAACAACUACCAAGUGAGGCGACCCGGUUCGCUGCCAUAACCGAUGAAUUUUCACUGCUGUCGUCGAAAAUGUUUGAGGCCAAGACAGCUUUAAGAGCUACCCAUUUGAAGGCUCCUCCCUUUUUGCUCAACCGUUUUCAGAAAAUGGACGAACGUUUGGAGGCUAUACAGAGGGCAUUGGAAAUAUAUCUGGAACGGAAGAGGCAACUAUUUCCCCGUUUCUAUUUCAUUUCCAAUGACGAUCUUUUGGAAAUUCUGGGCAACAACAAGCGGCCGGAUUUGGUGCAAAUCCAUUUGAAAAAGCUAUUCGAUAACCUGGUUAAGCUGGAGUUGAGACGAGUUGGCAAGGCCAUGAAUCGCUGGCAAGCUCUGGGCAUGUAUUCAGACGACGGAGAGUAUGUGGAAUUCCUCCAUGUCAUUUACAUAGAUGGUCCCUCUGAGAAAUGGCUGACAAUGGUUCAGGAUUAUAUGUUUGCUGUAAUGCGGGAACAGUUGAAGCUGACCAGAGCCUCGCUGCGAAAGCUCGCAUCGAAUCGGGAGAAGUGGCUGUCGUUGUGGCCGGGCCAACUGGUUAAUACUACAUGUCUAAUCCAAUGGACCACGGAGUGUACGCGCAGCCUGGUCCACUGUAAAAUGGUCGAUCAAAAGAAACCCCUGCGCAAGCUGAAGCGCAAGCAGAGUAAAAAUCUGGGCAAACUCUCGGAGAUGUCUCGCAAAGAUUUGAAUAGGAUAAUGCGCCUCAAGGUGAACACUCUGAUCACGGUCGAAAUACAUGGACGAGAUGUCAUUGAGAGGAUGUACAAAACCAAUUGCAAGGAUGUGUCGCACUUUGAGUGGUUCUCCCAGCUGCGUUUCUAUUGGCAUCGUGAGUCGGAAUCGUGCGUCAUACGACAGACGAACACUGAGCACUGGUACGGAUAUGAGUACAUUGGCAAUUCAGGCCGAUUGGUGAUAACUCCUCUCACCGAUCGAUGCUACAUUACGCUGACAACGGCUUUGCAUUUGUAUCGUGGCGGCAGUCCCAAGGGACCUGCAGGCACUGGUAAAACGGAGACGGUAAAAGAUUUGGGGAAGGCCCUGGGUAUGUGGGUCAUUGUCACCAAUUGUUCGGAGGGCUUAGAUUUCAAAAGCAUUGGCAAGAAUUUUUCCGGUUUGGCUCAGACCGGUUCCUGGGGCUGUUUCGAUGAGUUCAAUCGCAUAAACAUCGAAGUGCUGUCAGUGGUGGCCCAACAAAUUAUGUCGAUUUUGUCGGCACUGUCUGCCAAACUGAGUGAAUUCGUCUUCGAGGGUCAAAAGAUAAAACUGGUUCCGACUGUGGGACUCUUUAUCACCAUGAAUCCGGGCUAUGCCGGCCGUACUGAGUUGCCUGACAAUUUGAAGUCCAUGUUUCGACCGAUUUCUAUGAUGGUGCCCGACAAUGUAAUUAUAGCCGAGAACACCCUGUAUUCUGACGGUUUCACCAACACCCGAAGUUUGGCCCGCAAGGUCUACACUCUGUACGAAUUGGCCAAGCAGCAGCUGUCCAAGCAAUACCACUAUGAUUUCGGUUUGCGUUCAAUGGUAGCUCUGCUGCGCUAUGCGGGACGCAAGAGACGUCAAUUGCCUCAUGCCAGCGAAGAGGAGGUGGUCUACUUGGCCAUGCGCGAUAUGAAUGUGGCCCGCUUGACGGCCAAUGAUUUGCCACUCUUCAAUGGCAUAAUGUCGGAUAUAUUCCCCGGAGUGGAAGUGCCCCUGAUAGACUACAGCGAUUUCCAAACAGCCAUUGAGGAUGAGCUGCUGGCAAACGGACUGCAAGUCAUACCAAGUGCUGUGAAGAAGGUAAUCGAGUUGUAUGAGACCAAGAAUUCGAGACACUCUACGAUGAUUAUUGGCGAUACUAACACGGCGAAGUCGGUUACUUGGAAAUGCUUGCAGGGUGCCUUCGGACGUAUGAAUUCCCAAAAGAAAACCGGUUGGCCGGCAGUGGCGGUACAUCCUGUCAAUCCCAAGGCUCUCAAUUUAGCCGAACUCUAUGGAGAGUACAACUUGGCGACGGGAGAAUGGUUGGAUGGUGUUCUAAGUUCGAUAAUGCGCAUCAUAUGCGCCGACGAAGAUCCAACUCAGAAGUGGCUGCUAUUCGAUGGUCCCGUUGAUGCUGUGUGGAUAGAAAAUAUGAAUUCCGUAAUGGAUGACAACAAGAUACUGACGCUGGUCAACAGUGAGCGCAUAACCAUGCCGGCCCAGGUGUCGUUGCUGUUCGAGGUGGCCGACCUGGCAGUGGCCUCACCUGCCACAGUGUCCCGCUGUGGUAUGGUCUACAAUGAUUAUCGUGAUUGGGGGUGGAGACCCUUUGUCGAGUCAUGGCUACAGCGACAGAAACCCCCCGAAUAUGUCAAGUAUAUCCGCCAGUACUUCGAUGAGUUCUUGGACAAAGUUCUGACAUUCAAGAACUCCGAGUGCAAGGAAAUUGUCAAGACCAACGAACUGAAUGUGGUGAUGUCGAUGUGUCACCUCCUCGAAGGAUUCGCCACCAAACAAAAUGGCAUUGUUGUGGGCAACGAAGAGUUGCUGGAGACCAUGUGUAAAUUAUGGUUCAUGUUCUGUUUGGUUUGGUCCGUCUGCGGCACUGUCGAUGAACGGGGACGCUUGCGGCAAGAUGCCUACAUAAGAGAGUUGGACAGCUGUUUCCCCAUCAAGGACACCAUUUAUGAUUAUUACGUUGAUCCAGUGCAGAGGUGUUUUCUGCCCUGGGAUAGCAAACUGUCCGACACAUGGAGAUUUAACGAAGAGGAACCGUUUUACAAAAUCAUUGUUCCCACCGUGGACACAGUUCGUUAUGAGUAUUUGGUUUCAAAACUUUUGCAAGACAAUCAUCCGGUACUGAUGGUUGGCAAUGUUGGCACGGGCAAAACCUCAACGGCCGUCAGUGUAAUGGAGUCCUGUGACAAGACAAAAUUUACUGUCCUCUCCAUCAAUAUAUCGGCCCAGACCACCGCUGCCGGUUUACAGGAAUCCAUUGAAAAUCGCACCGAGAAAAGAACAAAGACGCAUUUCGUUCCGAUUGGUGGCAAGAAAAUGAUCUGCUUUAUGGAUGACUUUAAUAUGCCCGCUAAGGAUGUGUACGGAUCACAGCCUCCAUUGGAGUUGAUACGGCAAUGGAUUGACUACAAAUACUGGUUCAAUCGAAGAAACCAGCAGAAGAUCUAUGUCACCAACACUCUGCUAAUGGCAGCCAUGGGUCCUCCUGGCGGUGGUCGCCAAGUGAUAUCGUCGCGCACCAUGAGUCGAUUUUUCCUUUUGAACAUGACCUUUCCCACCGAGGCUGUGAUAAUGCGUAUUUUCGGAACGAUGAUACGUCAGAAGUUGCAACCAUUCGCCAAUGAGGUGCGCGAACUGUGGCAUCGCAUCUCUGCGGCCACCAUCCACCUCUACAACGAUGUGGUCUCAAAAAUGCUACCCACUCCGAACAGGUCUCAUUAUCUGUUCAAUCUGCGUGAUAUAUCCAAGGUAUUCCAGGGUUUGCUACGAGCCAAUUCCGAGGUGCUGGUGAAGAAGGCCCAAUUUCUGAGGCUGUGGAUACACGAGUGUUUUCGGGUGUUCUGUGAUCGGCUGGUGGAUGACAACGACUACGAUUGGUUUGUCAACGAGAUUAAUGAUGUCCUGGGAAAACACAUGGAGGUCACCUUUCACAGUUUGUGCCCCAAUAAAGUUGUGCCGAUUUUCGGUGAGUUUAUGAGUAUGCAAGGCUUCUACGAGGACCUGAACGCAGACAACUUGCGUUCAUACAUCAAUGACCAGUUGAUGGAGUACAACAAUUUCCCUGGCAUGGCUCGCAUGAAUUUGGUCUUCUUCAAAGAGGCUAUCGAACAUGUCUGCCGGAUUGUCCGGGUCAUAUCACAACCCCGGGGCCAUGUUUUAAACAUUGGCAUUGGUGGUUCCGGUAGACAGGUAUUGGUCAAGUUGGCAGCCUUUAUUCUGGAGAUGGGUGUAUUUCAAAUUGAGGUGACUAAAAAGUACAAGACACAGGAAUUUAAGGAGGACCUGAAGAACCUAUACAAAGUGACUGGGGUGAAACAGAGGGCAACAGUUUUCAUCUUCAGCGGCGAGCAGGUGGUCGAAGAUACCUUCUUAGAAAUCCUCAAUAAUAUGCUGAGCACCGGCGAAAUAAAUCUCUUCAAGGCGGAUGAAUUUGAGGAACUAAAGACUGAAUUGGAAAGGCCGGCAAAGAAGGCGGGAAUCCAACUAACCACGGAAGCCUUGUACAAUUUCUUCAUGCAAAAUGUACGGGACAACAUGCAUAUUGCCCUGGCCAUGAGUCCCAUCGGGGAGGCUUUUCGAUCCUAUAUUCGCCAAUAUCCGGCCCUGAUUAACAACACCACACCGAAUUGGUUUAGAUUAUGGCCUCAGGAAGCAUUGUUGGAAGUCGCAGCCAAGUUCCUAUCAGAAUUCAAAAUUAACGUGCCAGUGCCCGGCAGAGAAGAUGAAAAACAUCGUGACAAUUUAGUAAUGAGCACCGAGGAGACACUGCAAAGGGAUGUGGCCUAUGCCUUUUCAGUCAUACACUCCAGCGUCACGGAAAUCUCUCAGAUGAUGCUCUUAGAGGUGAAACGGCAAAACUACGUGACGUCUUUAAAUUAUUUGCAGCUGGUAAGCGGUUUCAAGGAGCUUCUGCAAAGCAAGCGCUUUGAAAUAUCAUCCAGUGCCAACAAGUUACGCAAUGGCCUUUCGAAAAUAGCCGAAACUCAGGAAAAGGUGACUGUGAUGUCCGAAGAGCUGAAAGUGAGUUCGGAACAGGUGAAAAUGUUGGCGGUGGAGUGCGAAGAGUUCAUCGCCAUUAUUGAGGAGCAAAAGACGGAGGCGACAGAGCAAAAAGAGAAAGUGGAUGCCGAGGCAGUUAUCAUUCGACGUGAUGAGGUGAUCUGCUUAGAUUUGGCAGCCACCGCCAAGGCUGAUCUAGAUGUUGUUAUGCCAAUGGUGGAUGCCGCUGUCAAGGCUCUAGAUGCUCUCAACAAAAAAGAUGUGGCUGAGGUCAAGUCAUACGGACGUCCACCCAUGAAGAUCGAAAAGGUAAUGGAAGCUGUUCUGAUAUUAAUUGGCAAAGAACCUACAUGGGAGAAUGCGAAGAAGGUGUUGGGCGAAGCAACGUUUCUCAAUGAUCUCAAAAACUUUGAUCGCGACAAUAUAUCGGAUAAAACCUUGAAACGCAUUGCCUUGUAUACAAAAAAUCCCGAGUUGGAACCGGACAAGGUCGCCGUGGUGUCUUUAGCUUGCAAGUCUUUAAUGCAGUGGAUAAUAGCAAUUGAAAACUAUGGUAAAGUUUAUCGCAUAGUGGCGCCCAAGCAGGAGAAGUUGGAUAAUGCGAUGCGUUCGUUGGCAGAGAAGCAAGCACAGCUAGCUGCAGCCAGAAAGAAACUGGAGGAGUUAAACGCACAACUGGCCGAACUCUAUAGGAAGUUGAAAGAGAAAACAGAUCUUCUGAAUGAGCUUCGUUUGAAGGAGGAACGCCUGAGAAAACAACUGGAGAGAGCCAUCAUCUUGGUGGAAUCUCUGUCGGGUGAACGGGAGCGCUGGAUUGAAACAGUCGCCCAGCUGGAUAAACAAUUCGAAAAGCUGCCCGGGGAUUGUCUUAUAUCCACCGCCUUUAUGUCCUACUUGGGUCCAUUCGACACCAAAUAUCGUGAGAUUCUUUUGGAACGAUGGGCUCUGCUCAUCAAGGAAAAGUUAAUACCAGCCACCGAAGACCUGAAGAUCACGGGUUUUCUCUCCGAUGCAGUUACUAUUCGUGAGUGGAAUAUUCAGGGCUUGCCUGCUGAUGAUUUUAGCACCGAGAAUGGUGUCAUUGUGACUCGGGGCAGUCGUUGGCCUCUAAUUAUUGAUCCGCAAAUGCAAGCCAACUCUUGGAUAAAAAAUUACGAAGAGAAGAAUGAUUUGAAACUAAUCGAUUGCGGGCAAUUGGAUUAUUUGAAAACUCUGGAGUUGGCACUGCAGAAUGGCAAUCCAGUUCUACUGCAGAAUGUGGGUGAAAGCAUUGAUCAGUCCCUUAAUCCCAUAUUGCGCAAGAGCUAUACCCUGCAGGGUGGUCAGAAGCUAAUCAAAUUCAAUGACAAAUUUUCUACCUUCAAUGACAAUUUCCGACUGUACAUAACAACAAAAAUGACCAAUCCCCAUUACCCUCCGGAGAUAUCGUCGAAAACUACAAUUGUCAAUUUCGCCCUGAAGCAGGAUGGUUUGCAGACCCAGCUACUGGGUAUCAUAGUGCGCAAGGAGAAGCCGGCCUUGGAGGAGCAAAAGGACGAACUGGUGGUGACUAUAGCCCGCAACAAGAGAACUCUAAUAGAUUUGGACAAUGAAAUUUUGAGAUUGCUUAAUGAGAGUAGGGGAUCGCUGCUGGAAGACGACGAGCUGUUUGCCACAUUGCAGAAGUCUCGGCAAACCUCAACACUGGUCAAGGAGUCCCUGAGCACGGCCGAAGUGACUGAGAUUGAAAUAGACACGGCGCGUCAAGAGUAUCAACCUGCUGCCGAGCGAGCCUCAAUUUUGUUCUUCGUCCUCAUGGACAUGUCGAAGAUAGAUCCAAUGUACGUCUUCUCCCUGUCGGCCUAUAUACUGCUCUUCACGCAGUCCAUCGAGCGCAGUCCCAAGCAUCAGAUCGUCUUCGAACGUAUUAUGAAUAUCAAUGACUAUCACACCUAUGCGGUGUACAAAAACACCUGCCGUGGCCUCUUCGAGAAACACAAACUCUUGUUCUCAAUUCACAUGACCGCCCAAAUUUUGGCCAAUGCCGGGAGGUUGGUCGAAGCGGAAUAUGAAUUCAUUCUGAAGGGUGGCAUUGUUUUGGACAAACAAGGUCAGCCACCGAAUCCUGCUCCACAUUGGAUCAGUGAACAGGCGUGGGACAAUGUAACGGAAUUGGACAAAGUGGCUGGUUUCCAUGGCAUUAUCGAUUCUUUCGAGCAGAGUGCCAAACUGUGGCAGGUUUGGUAUGCCACGACAAAUCCCGAAGUGGAAGAUCUGGUCGGUGAAUGGAACGACAAACUUACAGACUUUCAGAAAAUUUGCGUGGUAAGAUGUCUUCGGCCCGAUCGCAUACAAUUUUGUCUGACCCAAUUUAUCGUCAAUUCCUUGGGAACACGGUUCGUGGAACCCCCAGUAUUGGAUUUGAAGGUUACAUUUGAAGAGUCCAUAGCACAGACGCCUCUAAUAUUUGUCUUAUCUCCGGGAGUGGAUCCCGCCCAAUCACUGCUCACAUUGGCCGAACAGGUGAAAAUGUCCGCCCGCAUGUUUUCGCUGAGCUUGGGUCAGGGACAAGCGCCAGUGGCAACCAAAUUGAUAAUGGACGGCAUCAGGGAUGGUAACUGGGUAUUUCUGGCCAAUUGCCACCUGUCCCUGAGCUGGAUGCCGACACUGGAUAAAAUUAUUGCCACCAUGCAGUCUAUGAAACUGCAUAAACGCUUUCGUUUGUGGCUAAGUUCGAGUCCACAUCCCGAAUUCCCCAUCUCCAUACUACAGUCCAGCAUUAAAAUGACCACAGAGCCACCCAGAGGCAUUAAGGCCAACAUGAAACGGCUAUACAAUAAUGUCAAUGAAGACAACUUCGAAAUGGCCAAUGACGCAUCGAAGUACAAGAGACUUCUGUUUUCGCUUUGUUUCUUUCACACAAUACUCCUGGAACGCAAGAAGUUCCUGCAGCUGGGCUGGAAUGUCAUUUAUAGUUUUAAUGAUUCGGAUUUUGAGGUUUCCGAGGUCUUGUUGCUGUUGUAUUUGAAUGAAUAUGAGAACACUCCGUGGGGAGCUUUGAAAUAUCUAAUUGCUGGCGUCAAUUAUGGUGGUCAUGUCACAGACGAUUGGGAUCGCAGGCUAUUGACCACCUACAUCAAUCAGUUCUAUUGCGACGACACAAUAAAUGUGUCCAAGCAUAGAUUAUCCUCUUUGCCCAAUUAUUUUAUACCACCGGAUGGUGAUGUUCAGUCGUAUCUGGAUCAAAUACAGCAAUUUCCUACAUUUGAUAGGCCUGAGGCCUUUGGACAACAUCCCAAUGCUGAUAUUGCUUCCCUGAUUGGAGAGACGCGUCUGCUGUUCGAAACCCUCAUCUCAAUGCAAGUCCAAUCCUCAGCAUCGGUGGGUGAGAGUAAAGAGCAAAAGGUGUUGCGUUUGGCCCACGACAUCGCUUCAAGUACUCCGGAUGAACUGAAUUACGAGCAAACCGCAAAACUAAUUGGCCUGAAGCGCACACCAUUGGAGGUGGUACUGCUGCAGGAGAUGGAACGUUACAAUGUCCUUUUGCGGAAUAUCAAAAUCCAUCUCAGGGAUUUGCAAAUGGGCAUAAAGGGGUUGGUGGUGAUGAGCACCGAUUUGGAAGACAUAUAUCAGGCGGUGUACGAGGGUCGGGUGCCUUUGGUGUGGUUAAAAAGUUAUCAGUCCACAAAGCCAUUGGCUUCGUGGUCCCGAGAUUUGGUCUUUCGCAUUGAACAUUUCGCCCAGUGGGCCAAGGUUCUGAAACCGCCAACGUUGUUUUGGUUGGCAGCCUACACCUUUCCCACGGGAUUCAUAACAGCAGUUCUGCAAACGUCAGCUCGCUCGAGUCGUACGCCCAUCGAUGAAUUGGGUUGGGAAUUUUUUGUUUUCGUAGAGGAAGACGCUGCAGCAGCUCGUAUAGUGCGCGAGGGUGGUGGUGUCUAUGUCCGUGGCUUGUUUUUGGAGGGUGCCGGUUGGCUGCGUAAGGGUCAGUGUUUAACCGAUCCUUUACCCAUGGAACUGGUCUACCCCAUGCCGGUCAUACAUUUCAAGCCAGUCGAACAAACGAAGAGGAGAACCAAAGGAAUCUACUCGUGUCCCGCCUACUAUUAUCCGGAACGGGCCGGUUCGUUUGUAAUAGCUGUUGACUUGAAAUCUGGAUCAGAAACUGCCGAUUACUGGAUUAAACGGGGCACAGCAUUGUUGUUGAGUUUGAGUACAUAAUUUUAAUUGAGGUUAAUUGUUUAAUAAAUGUUUGCGUUGAAUAUG